UUAUGUAAUAUAAUUUACAAAAUGUGGAUUAUUUAAAUGUAAAAUACAAAAUUUGAAUAGAUUAAGUUGCAAAUAAUUACUAUUUUGUAAAUUCCUUUUAAUAAAAUUUAUGGAAUGUAGUUUAAAAAUUAUUUUCAUGAUAUUUCAUAAAUAAAUUGGGAAUAUCUCAAUCUUCCGUUUCUUUCACAAUCAAACGCACAUACAUAUCCUCUGUAAUGUAGGGGUCAAACAAUAGUUUAUCUACAACGAUGAACAGAUCUAGUUUUUAUAUAUUAAUUCAGAACACAUCUUUUUAAUUGUUUAUUAUAUAUAAUAUAUAAUUUAAAUUAAAUUUACAUCUCAAUGAUUCUCCUCCGCACUUGGUCGAGUUGGGAAUGUUGUGAUGCUAAUUCAAACCCAAUCACUCUCCUUCUCUCCCUACCUUUCUCCGUCUAUGCCAAUCUCUUCCGUCUUUGACAGUACCAGUUUCCUGGAUCUCAGUCAAUAAUGGCUAUGGCAGAAAAACACAACCACAUUGAUAAUAAGGAGAUUCAACCACUCCUUGUGUUUGGUCCUCCAUUAAUCUUCCCAACUUUUGAAGCUCGAAACUUUCACAAAUACCGAUUCCUCAAAGCUUUCUCCUCACAACUCCCUCUCCACCAAUUCCUCACCGAGCAAAAUGUUGACCCUUCAUCCAUUCAAGCCAUACUCUGCAGCCCUUCACAGCAGGUCUCUACAGAUGUCAUCCAGCUCCUCCCAUCGCUCUGCGUCAUUGUGACCAGCAGUGCUGGAACCGACCACAUAGACUUGGUUGAGUGUAGCCACCAUGGUAUUCAGGUUGUCUCUGUUCCAGGAGAUCAAGCCAAGGAUGUUGCUGACAUGGCUGUGGGGUUGUUGAUUGAUGUGUUGUGGAAAAUUUCUGCCGCUGAUCGACAUGUUAGGAAAUGGGGUCCUUCUAUGCACCGGAACCUUUCUUUUGGUUCCAAGCUUAAAGGCAAGCGAGUAGGGAUUGUUGGAUUGGGAAAAAUUGGCAAAGAAGUUGCUAAAAGGCUUGAGCCCUUUGGUUGCAGAAUUAUGUACCAUUCGAGAAACCAGAAGCCAUUUAUCUCGUACCCUUUUUAUUCUAAAGUUGUUGAGCUUGCUGGUAAUAGUGAUGUCCUUGUGCUUUGUUGCCCACUUAACGAGCAAUCAAGGCACUUAAUCAACAGGGAAGUGAUGUUGGCAUUGGGGAAAGAUGGAGCUAUUGUCAACGUUGGACGUGGAGCUCUAAUUGAUGAAAAGGAAUUGGUGCGGUGUUUGAUGGAAGAUGAGAUAAGGGGUGCUGGCUUGGAUGUGUUUGAGAAUGAGCCUAAUGUUCCCAACGAGCUCUUUCCAUUGGAUAAUGUGGUCCUCUCCCCACAUGCUGCUUCAUUGACUUCAGAUGGUUUCACUGAAGUAUGUGAACUUGCAGCUGAGGCUCUAGAAUUGUUCUUUUCAAGUAAAUUACCAAGUAUUCGAUUGUUGGAUGGCUAAAUUCAUGUUAUUCUAUUUUAGAGUUUUUCUUUCCAUUUCCAUUACCUAUAAACUAAAAAUAUGUCUUACCCAUAUUUUAUUUUUUUGGCAAAAUCACUUUAUAUUAA